AUAGCUACAUUUUCAACUGCAUUAUCAUUACAAAUUUCUUCUGCUACAAACCCUCCAAUGGCUCUCCAAAUUCAUCAUUUUCAUCUCCUAACAUUUCCUUCUAAACUACACUUCAUCUUCAUACCCCAAGAUGCACGUUGUCGUCCUCCCGUUUUCUCUUCGAAAUCUAGAAAUCUAAAAUGUUCCAACGAAAAAAUACCGAAGCAAAAGAAUUUCCACUUCGCACUUCAAUCGUAUCGCCUGACUAAUGAUGGGUUCUUCUUCGAAGAGGAUGGAGAAGAAAAUGAGGAAGAUAUGAGAUUUGACAAGGCAGUCUUGUUAUUCAAUAACAGAGAAUACUACAAAUGUCAUGAUUUUCUUGAAGCACUAUGGCUCAAAGCAGAAGACCCCCAACGGACCGUUAUCCAUGGGAUUUUACAGUGCGCGGUGGGAUUUCAUCACUUGUUUAACCAGAACCAUAGAGGAGCAAUGAUGGAGUUGGGAGAGGGAUUGUGCAAGCUAAGGAAAAUUGAUUUCCAAAGUGGACCACUCUAUCAAUUCGAGCAAGAGAUUUCUGCGACUCUAGAGUUCAUUUAUCAGACUCAAAUGGAGUUAGCAGCAUGUAGCGAUGAUAUGUGUCUCACAAUGGAUGGAUCAGAACGAUCGUACCAGCUACUUGGGAGUUUUGCUGCUGGAGAACAAUUGUAUCACUUAGAAAAUGAGCCUAGUGAUAUUCAUUAUAUAGUUUUUUGCCCUAAUGGAUGGUACAAGUCCGGUACACCUCCUAGAGUCAAGGUUCCUACGCUUCAUGCAACAGAGACUGAUCUGAUCGAAUGUGAUAGUGACCGUUAAAACGCCCUACGCCUGGUGACAGUGCUGAUUGUCCUUGCCAAGAUUGUGGAUCUUUUGACCAGCCAGUAGAGGUAAAUGCACUUAUAUAUGCUCUUGAGAACAUUUCUUUAGGUGUUGGAAUUGGGCUAUUGUGAUGCUACAACAAAACAAUGAUUUUUGACCGAUACAUAGCAAAGCUGAAAACUAGAGCAACAAACCGAAGAAUGAACCUCCGAGAAACUCCAGCAAGAAGAUAAUGUCUAUUGAAGCGUAAAUGAGUAUUAGACACAACAAAAGUUCUGUAGCUGAGUCUGUAUAUGUAAAAGAUGACUGGGAGUAGGUUACUGUAUCAUUUUAUAACGCAUUUCCGGCUUUCGAUUGAUUUAUCACCCCAUUCUUGGAUC